AUGGAGAAUACAACACUUUGGGUUUCACUGGAAAAUGCCACCAACCAAUCAGGAUACACCGAUUAUUAUGAUAAAAACAAUUCGGUAACCGGAAAUGAUUUACAAGGCAGACAUCGCAAGCCCAGCUUGUAUGAAGACAUAUCCAUCAUGGCGGUCUACUCCGUAUUUUGUUUAUUGGGAAUCAUUGGCAAUGCUAUUGUCAUCUGGUUUGGUAUCUUUGGCAUGAAGAAGCAGGUCAGCGUGGUGUGGUUCCUUAGCUUAGCAGCAGCCGAUUUCUUGUAUGCAUUCUUCUCCCUUUUAAACAAUACACAAGUUUUGAUAGCAUCAUGGUUAUUGGUAAAAUUCAUGUGUAUCGGCUCCAAUUUGACUCUGUAUAUUAAUAUGGUUGUCAGCGUUCUCCAGGUCACAGUCAUCAGUGUAGACCGAUGCAUCUGUGUCGUGUUCCCCGUAUGGUGCCGCAACCACCGGAGGCCAAGAUUGGCUUUCAUUGUUGUCCUGGUCAUUUGGAUAAUCUCAUUUGCCGUGGCCAUACCGUACAUAAUAAAUAUAGACACAAUUUACAUUAAAAAAAGGACACUAUGUAUCGUAGCAAUAGAUGAAUCUAGCUUAACAAAGAUGACAAUUUUGGAAUUUGUUUUCCUCUUCCUUCUACCUUUCCUCAUCAUUGUCUGCUCUUCUAUUUUGAUUGUCUUGCACGUCCGGAGGAGACACAUCCUUACGUCUUCUCGGCUUCUUAAGACCAUUGCAGCUGUCAUCACUGCAUUUUUUAUCUGCUGGUUUCCUAAUAAUUUGUUUGUCCUCCUUGUGACACUCGAAGGAAGUAAAUUAAAUUUUUAUGUCAUUUUUUACGGAUUUAAAAUUGCCAAUUUUCUGAUGGUCAUUAACAGUUGUAUUAACCCCAUCCUCUAUGUCUUCAUUGGUCGAGGGUUCAAAGACAAAUUAUGUGGCUCGUUCCAGACAAAGCUUAGAAAAGCGUUUAUGGAAGACGACCAGCCAACGUCUACAAUCAUGGAAAAUACAGAUCAUAAGGAAACCUAUACAGUAACUGACCACAAUGUACAAGACGGCAAUCAUAAAUCCAGGAUAUAUGACAUAUGCUUCACGACAGCCUACUUAGUAUUUUGCUUACUAGGAACUUUUGGAAAUGGUCUUGUUAUCUGGUUGGGCAUCUUCAGGAUGAAGAAGAUGGUCAACGUGGUGUGGUUCCUUGGCUUAGCCGUAGCCGACUUCUCCUUUUCAUUUUUCCUUCCUUUAAACUUUGCAAAAAUGUUAUUAGGACAUUCACCACUUCUGUGCAAAUUAACCCAAUUGUCACUGUAUAUUAAUUUGUGCGUCAGUGUCGCCCACCUUACCGUCAUCAGUAUAGACCGAUGCAUCUCUGUCGUGCUCCCCGUAUGGUGCCACAACCACCGGAUGCCAAGAUUGGCUUUCAUUAUUGUCCUGGUCAUUUGGAUAAUUUCAUCUGUUGUGGCUAUAACCUUCACAAUAUACACAGACAUGAUGGAUAAUAAUAAUAUGACACUAUGUAUUUUAAAGGUAGAUGACAAUGGCUUGAUGUGGAGGACGAUAUUGGGCCUUGUUUUCUACUUCCUCCUACCUUUUGUCAUCAAUGUCUCCUGUUACAUUGUAAUUGUCUUGUAUAUAAGAAGGAAACACAUGUUUGCAUCUUCUCGACAUCUUAAAAGCAUUGUGGCUGUCAUCACUGCAUUCUUUAUCUGUUGGUUUCCUUCCUAUUUCCUAUUUUUGUUUAACCUUCUUCUUGUAUUUAAAAAAUGUAUGUUUGAUGAUCAUGUCCUUUAUUAUGGCUCUUUAACCACUAUUCUCCUGAUGGCCAUAAAUUCUUCUAUAAACCCCAUCCUCUACGUCUUCAUUGGUCGAGAUUUCAAGGAUAAGUUCUGGGGCUCAUUUCAAGUUAAGUUUGAAAAAGCAUUUAUAGAAGAGGACAAGUCCAUCUAUGACAAGCAAGAGAGGUGUACGUCUCUUCAAAGGUCAUCUCAAGAUUACAGAGAAAAAAAAAGUAAUAGGAUGAACAGCAUACAAUUACUGUGUGCUACAUGA